UGCCGGCUGCUGCUUCGGGCAUUUCACGCAUCGCGGGAGCGGAGCCCUCCCCGCUCCCGGCGCUCGCACAGUCCUGGCAGCGACGCUCAUCUCCAGCAGCCUCCCUCGACAGGCAGUAACUCACAACACCAUGGAGAGCAUCCACCCUCUCCUCCUGACUGCUGCUCUCUGCUUUCUCUGCCAAGGCUGCGGCGGCUCCGAGGCCGAGCACCGGCUCUACGCGGCGCUCUUCCGGAGCUACAACCAGUUCGUGCGCCCCGUCAAGAACGUCUCGGACCCGGUCAUCAUCCAGUUCGAGGUGUCCAUGUCGCAGCUGGUGAAGGUGGACGAAGUCAACCAGAUCAUGGAAACCAACCUGUGGCUGAAGCACAUCUGGAAUGAUUACAAGCUUCGGUGGAAUCCAGCAGAUUAUGGAGGUGCUGAAUUCAUCCGAGUACCAUCUGGCCAGAUCUGGAAGCCAGAUAUUGUUUUAUAUAACAAUGCAGUUGGGGAUUUCCAGGUUGACGACAAGACAAAGGCCCUACUAAAAUACACGGGUGACGUGACCUGGAUACCUCCAGCUAUAUUUAAAAGCUCAUGUAAAAUAGAUGUAACCUACUUCCCAUUUGAUUAUCAGAACUGCACCAUGAAGUUUGGUUCCUGGUCUUAUGAUAAAGCCAAAAUCGACUUAGUUUUAAUUGGCUCCACUAUGAACCUGAAAGAUUACUGGGAGAGUGGAGAAUGGGCUAUUAUUAAAGCUCCUGGGUAUAAACAUGACAUCAAGUACAACUGCUGCGAGGAGAUAUACCCAGACAUCACCUAUUCUCUUUACAUUAGGCGUUUACCUUUAUUUUACACCAUCAACAUGAUUAUUCCCUGUCUGCUGAUCUCUUUUCUGACUGUCUUAGUUUUCUAUUUGCCCUCAGACUGCGGUGAGAAGGUGACACUCUGCAUAUCAGUCCUCCUGUCUUUAACAGUGUUCCUUCUCGUUAUCACAGAAACCAUCCCUUCCACUUCCCUGGUCAUCCCCCUCAUCGGGGAAUACCUCCUUUUCACCAUGAUAUUUGUCACUCUGUCAAUCGUCAUCACGGUGUUUGUGCUGAACGUGCACUACAGAACGCCCAAGACGCACACCAUGCCCGUGUGGGUGAGAACCAUUUUCCUGAACUUACUUCCCAGGAUCAUGUUCAUGACCAGGCCCGCCAGCGACGAGGACAAUAACCAGAAGCCAAAGCCACCGUUCACUUCGGAGCUCUCCAACCUGAAUUGCUUCAGCAGCUCCGAAGCCAAAUGCUGCAAAGAUGGCUUUGUGUGUCAGGACAUGGCAUGCAGCUGCUGCCAGUGCCAGCGCACCAAGUGCUCGGAUUUCAGUGGCAAUCUCACCAGGAGCUCGAGCUCGGAGUCUGUGGAUCCUACGCUUUCACUUUCAGUUCUGUCACCAGAAAUGAGAGAUGCUAUCGAAAGUGUGAAAUACAUUGCAGAAAACAUGAAAAUGCAGAACGAAGCAAAAGAGAUUCAGGAUGAUUGGAAAUACGUUGCCAUGGUCAUUGAUCGUAUUUUCCUGUGGGUUUUCAUCCUGGUGUGUAUUCUAGGAACAGCAGGCUUGUUUUUACAACCUCUGAUGGCUGGAGAUGACAUGUAAAGAUUAAACAACGUGUUGUGACAUCAAAUAAAACUGCCAACCAACUCUGUAUCGUCACCCCAGCACCCCCCAUGUCUCUUCCAUGUGUAGCAGAAUAAGGAACUUUCAAAUCUGCUUGACCAUGAAGGCUUUUGUUUAAAAAUGUGAGAAAGGAAAUUAUUUGGAACCUUUAUGACAGCUAAUUUCCAAGGAACAGGAGCUAUGAUUUACAGUUACUUCUUGCCACCCCGGGAGAAGGUGUAGGUAGAACAGUAAAGUUGAUAGGAAUGGUUUAGGAAGGGGUGAAUAAAGACAUGGAAAAUUACAUGGAUAUUUGGAAAGCCAAGAUGGGUUGAAUGCUUUGGGCUGUUUUUCACCAGUCUGGUACCAAGAGGCUUGAGACCACGGCAGGACCUUCUGGAAGAAGUUCAUACCGAGUUCUGUGAAUGGAACAAGAGCUCCAUGUGGAUGGAAUGGCUGGGGAGGCAC